AUGUCUGACGAAAUUGUUUGGCAAGUAAUUAACCAAAGUUUCUGCUCUCAUAGAAUCAAGGCACCUAAUGGUCAAAAUUUCUGCAGAAAUGAGUAUAACGUCACUGGGUUGUGUACAAGACAAUCAUGUCCACUCGCCAACUCCAAGUAUGCAACAGUGAAGAGUGACAAUGGGAAACUGUACUUGUACAUGAAAACGCCUGAAAGAGCACACACCCCUGCCAAGUUAUGGGAAAGGAUCAAACUGUCCAAGAAUUACUCGAAAGCUUUACAACAGAUCGAUGACCAUCUACUGCAUUGGAGCAAAUUUUUCCGUCACAAGUGUAAACAAAGAUUUACUAAGUUGACACAGGUCAUGAUAACAGAGAGACGUUUAGCAUUGAGGGAGGAGGAGAGACACUACGUUGGAGUAGCACCAAAGGUCAAGAGAAGAGAACAAAACAGAGAGAGAAAGGCACUGGUAGCUGCCAAGAUUGAAAAAGCGAUCGAAAAAGAGUUGAUGGACAGAUUAAAGAGCGGUGCUUACGGUGAUAAGCCACUAAAUGUUGACGAAAAGGUCUGGAAGAAGAUAAUGGGUCAAAUGGAAGAUGAAAAUUCUCAGGACGAGGAAGAAGACUGGGAUGAAGAAGAGGAAAGCGAUGACGGUGAAGUUGAGUACGUUGCAGAUGAUGGCGAAGGUGAAUACGUUGACGUGGACGACCUAGAAAAAUGGUUAGCCGACUCUGACAGAGAAGCAUCUAGCGCUAGUGAAAGCGAAAGCGACAGUGAAAGCGACAGCGACAGCGAUAGCGACGAGGAAAAUAAGAAUAAUGCCAAGAGACGUAAGAAAGGAACUAGUGCCAAAACUAAACGCCCAAAGGUCGAAAUUGAAUAUGAGGAAGAGCACGAAGUUCAAAAUGCUGAACAAGAAGUGGCGCAGUAA